AUGUACACGCACGCACCCAUAGAAUACGAAAUAAACCAAAUAGAACUAGCAGAAGUAGCAAAUGAAAUAAUAACCAGAAUAAAAUACGAAAUAAAAAGGAAUACACUACUACCAGAUACAAUUGCACAUAAUAUACAGGUGGACCUAGAUAGGUUCAUACAGUGUAUAAUAGUACCCAAGUACAUAUCACACAGUAUAAGUGAUGUACAGUUAAAUGAAGACGUAAUGCAUAAGCUAAAGAAUAUUAUUCAGUUCAACAUGGAAAGGGGUAAUAUAUACCAUAUAAUACAGCAGGAGAUAAAUAAUCCAGAAAUAAAUAAUCAGAAGAAAGUGGAAGAUGCAUUAUAUGCGUGCAUAUACACGGCUAUACAGAAUGUAGAAGGAGUAAGACUAAUUGGUAGGUCAGUGUAUACGUAUAUGGGUAUGCUUAGGUGGGCCACUGUGAUACUUAUGGUGUGCAUGCUAGUGACAAAGGUAGUGCAAAUACGAAGCAGCCUGGAGUACAUAAGAUAA